AUGCUUCAAAGCUUUAUGAAAAAUGUCUGGGUCCCCCUGAAGCCCUACUACACCCAGGUUUACCAGGAGAUCUGGGUAGGGAUGGGGUUGAUGGGCUUCAUCGUGUAUAAGAUCAGGAGCGCUGAUAAAAGAAGUAAGGCUUUAAAAGGUUCCGCUCCUGCGCCAUCUCACGGCCAUCAUUAGCUCCUCUGCAUGACGGGAAACGCUGGUCUGCCUGCACGUUUGAGCAAGCUUUGUUAGCUGGGAACAUGGAACACCGCUGUACAUAUCCUUGUAGGGGCACCACUUCUGUGGCAUGAAUAAAAUGUGUCUGUGAGAUGCACCACACCGUGCAGGUUCCAGUGUGUCCUCCCCUGGGGUCCUGCUCGUGCAGCAGGCACUGAGCCUCACACCCGGCGGCCAUCCUAGGAAA